AGGAUAUGUUGACCACAAACAACCAGCGUGGUCAUAUGUAUUAUCUUCAGGCAUUUUCUGGGAAGCCUGCGCGACUUUCGUCAAGCUGUUUGAGGACCCCAGGAUGUCCAUGCUCGCUGAACCCCGGAGGAAGCAGAAGUGGUCUAUUGACCCCAGGAACAGCGCCUGGUCAAAAGAUGAAUCCAAAUUCGGCCAGAAGAUGCUGGAGCGAAUGGGCUGGUCAAAGGGCAAGGGCCUGGGCAGAACUCAGCAGGGCUCCACCGACCAUAUCAAAGUAAAAGUUAAAAACGACCACUAUGGUCUCGGAACCACCUGCCAGUCACAGGAUAAGUGGAUCGCCCACCAAGAUGAUUUCAAUGAGCUUCUAGCUCAACUGAACAACCACCAUGGUCAAAACAGCAGCGCUGAACCUCCAAAACCAGAGGAGCCGAAAGGAUUCAGCUUGGAGGAGAAGUCCAAGACGUCCAAAAAGAGGGUCCAUUACAUGAAGUUCACUAAAGGAAAGGACCUGUCUUCCCGCAGUAAAACUGACCUUAACUGUAUCUUUGGAAAGAGAGGAGGGUCUUCCAAUGACAUAGAGAAGGAGAGCGACAGCAGUGAUUCUCACGGUGAGACUGAGAAGACGUUGACUCCUGCUGUGUUCAAACUGGAUACUGAGACCAUCACCAAUACUGUGAAAAGUACUCUCACCAUGCAGGAGUACUUUGCUCAGCGAAUGGCUCAGUUGAAGAAGGCUCGUGGACAGGCCCAGAGUGAAGAACCAUCGAUGGAGACCGUUGAGGCUUCAAGUCAAUCUGAGGAACCCAAUCCCAUCCUCAUCACCAACGACGACUCAGAAGAACCCAAAAAGAAAAAGAAGAAGAGGAAGAAGAGCAAAAAGUCAGACGAUGAUCUAGAAGUGGUAGAAGAGAACAGUACCCCCUUUCCUGUCAUAACAGUGGACAAUGAGGACCAGGAGCGUUCAGGGAAAAAGAAGAAGAAGAGAAAGCUUGUAGAAAGCGAAGAAGUUGCAAAUGAGAACUGUAGCUCCACCUCCGGUGUUGAGCAGAACUCCGACGAACUGCCUCCGUCCAAAAAGAAGAAGCAUAAAAAACAGCAUAAGGACACUGAGCUUCAAAAUGGACAUGGGCCAACUGAGGAUGAAAGUGUAGAACCUGAGGUGGUAGAGAAAAAAUCCAAAAAGGACAAGAAAAAGAAAAAGAAACAUCAAGAAUAGGCUGACAUGAAUCAAAUCUACCUCCAAUCUCAACAGUCCUUUAGGCUUCUGGGGGACUCAGUACUCAUGUCCUAUCAUCGUAAACAUGAUCAUUGCAACCACACUUGUACUGAGUAAUUGCCUUUUGUGAGCAAGUUAAGUGUCCUGUUUUUUUUCUUUUUGCUGUUGUGAGAAGGAGAUUCAACCCCUCAAAGCUGCAGCUUAAAAUGACAAACUUGUAUUCUGGGCCACAGCAGAUGGCAAAAAAGACAUGCCUUACAGAAAAAAAUAGACAUUAUUGGGAAGAAAAUAUGUGUUACUUUUCUGCAUUUCCAGGCCAGGGGUUUCCCUGUUUCUAGUCUAUAAGCUAAGCUAAGCUAACCAGUUGCAGGCUGUAGCUUCAUAUUUAACAGACAGACGCAAGACCUGUAACGAUCAAUUUAUAGGACACUUGGCAAGAAUGAAAUUAUUAUUCCUUCAAUGUAUUUUUUUUUUUAAAUCCCUGACUGACUACAUCUGAAGUCUGUAAUGUAUUCAGACAUCAUUUGACAUACUUUUAAAUGACCCUGUUUUCACAUAACGUUUUGAAAACAAUGAAAUGCAUGCUGGCAAAUGUUGUAAUGAAUAGAAAUAUCCAGGUUGAUGAAUUCCAUAAUAACGACAAUAUGUUAUUUUAAUUUUGUUAACAGUAUUUGUAAUGUGUUUUUUCCAUCAUUUUUUGGGGAAAAAAGUUUGUCUGCUGAGCUGUAAGAAAAAAGACGAACGUUAGCCCUUCGACAGGUUCACAUCACUUUUUAAAUAAAUCCAAAUGGCAAUGACUUUA